AUGAUGAAAGUACUAUCAUUAUUUAUAAUAGUAUUAUUAAUACUCUUAUCAGUUGUACCAAGGAAUCAAGGUACAACCUUUUCAAUUGUAUUGAUUCAAGAAUUUGAUUAUGUGAUUAUUAGAUCUACAGAUAAUUUGAAUUUCAGUGAUAAUGUUAGAGUAUUGGAUACUAGAGUUGUAGAGAUUACAAAUAAUUGUACAAGAUUAUUAUAUAACGAUGAUGAUAAUGAAAAUGCCAAGAUCUUUGUGGAACGACUACGAUGUCAACUAUCACCAAAUAUACCAAGCGGGUAUAUUACAGUAUUUAACGAAUCAACACGUGAUAUGGCAGUUGCGUACAUUGGUCUCGCUCCAAUCAUACUAUCAAUCACUCCUAACCAACAAGUUGCAUCGUUUGCAGACCAACAACAAAAUAGUAGAAGUAGUAGUAAUGCUAUCACUAUUAAAGGACAAUUUUUUGAAAAUAUAUAUCCCUAUCAUAUAUCAUUCAAAAGUAUCUAUACUGAUCAUAUUGGUUUAGAGUAUAGACCGAUUGAUCAAUCUACGAUUAUCAUUGACAAGGGGUUUGUAGGGAUUGGUCAAGUAGGUAUUACAUUGCGAAAAGUAAUAUCGGCAGACUUGCAACCCCUAUCACAUACAAGUACUGUUAGUAUAGGUGCACCUAUCUUUAUAUCAAGUGAUUUUAAUGCUACAAGUGGAUUAGCAACCAUCUACUUUUUAAAUCUUUGUCAUCCAGAUUAUCCAAAUCAAGUAUUAAUCAGGUUUCAAGAUUCCAUCAUCUUUCAAAAUGUAUCAUAUGAUCAAGAAAAGAUUUGGUUUAAUGUUGGACAAAAUGAAACAACAUCUUUAUUUGGUCCCUAUAAUAUUAAAGUUGGUGGUCAAUUAUCUUUUAUUCAAUACCUUUCUCCAAUCACUAGUAAUAAUAAUAAUAAUAAUUUACAAGAUUUAAUAACAAAUAUUACAUUGCCACCAAUAUUUGGAGGUAAUAUUACAUUGAGUGGAAAAUAUUUUAAAGAAAAGGAUUCACUUGGUAUUUCAACUUGGUCAUUUUACAUGAUCGACAGUAUAGGUUUAAAUAUUACUCUUCAACCUAUUUGGUCAAUUCAAAAUAAUGACAAUAUUAAUAAUAAUAAGAUACUUGUCUUGUCGAUUCCAAGUGGACAAGGAUCAUUUGAUCUUUAUUAUCAAUACAACUCUUUUAAUUUUUCAUAUCAAUCAAAUGUACCUUUUAAAUUGUAUUAUAUCUAA